GAGGGAAGUGAAACUGAAAAUCGGCGAACUUAAUAAUCGAAUCUUAGAGACCAAAUUCAGUUUCAAUCAGCUAAGGCAGUUAUAACUGAAUUUUGCUUACAGUUGGCUACUCAUUCGUGACUCCGGUCUGCUCUCGAUCCUCAAUCUACGAAAAGUUAAUUUUCUCCACCUCCUUUAUCUAUAUUUUCAUCUUUCUAGGGUUUCGUUCUACCGCCCGUCAUGGCCGAAGUCAUAAACAUGCCGGUCGAUUCCUUCGACCGCCGUCGCGGUGGCGACCGUAAAGACAACAACAAUAACAAUAAACAGCCUCCGUCGUCUGACGAUCCCAAUUCCUCUGCCCCAUCGCCGCCUCCACCUCGACGACGCGAUCGGGACUCGCGUGAGCGACGGGACCGCGACUACUACGAUCGCAAUCGCUCUCCUCCGCCUCCACCUCCCAGAGAGAGAGAUUACAAGAGGCGCAGCAGCAUUAGCCCCCCGCCACCGCCGUUGAGUUAUAGGGAUAGAAGACACUCGCCUCCGCCGCGGAGGUCGCCCCCUCAUAAGAGGUCUAGGCGUGAGGAUGGAGGAUACGAAGGGAGAAGAGGGAGCCCUAGAGGAAGAUUUGGACCUGGAGAUAGAAGGUUUGGGCAUGACUAUGGUGGUGGAUAUGAUCGUGAGAUGAUGGGAAGGCCUGGUUACCCUGAAGAAAGGCCUCAUGGCUGGUACUCAGGUCGCUCUUCCGGUGGCUAUCAAGAUUGUGAUUCUGGCCUUGGUGGUUAUGGUGAUGCUUCCAAUUCAAGGAGUACUCAAAGUAAUAUUUUCAGAGAAGGAUUGAUGUCAUACAAGCAAUUCAUUCAAGAGCUUGAGGAUGAUAUACUACCCGCUGAAGCUGAGCGUAGGUACCAAGAAUACAAGUCAGAGUAUAUAUCAACCCAAAAACAAGCAUUUUUUGAUGCUCACAAAGACGAGGAAUGGUUGAGAGACAAAUAUCAUCCAACAAACUUGGUCACUGUUAUUGAAAGGAGGAACGAACUUGUAUGCAGAGUUGCAAAGGACUUUUUGCUUGAUCUACAGAGUGGAACACUGGACUUAAAUCCUGGGGUAAAUCCCUUGUCAUCAAGUAAAUCAGGCCAAACUAGUGAUCCUAAUUCCGAAGAUGAAACUGACAUCGGUGACAAAAGAAGGCGGCAUGGUAAGGAACCUGCAAAAGAAACUGAUAUUCUUUCUGCUGCUCCUAAGGCUCACCCGAUCAGUUAUGAUCCCAGAAGAAUUCAUAUUGACAUUGAACAAGCACAGGGUCUUGUACGUAAACUGGAUUCUGAAAAAGGAAUUGAGGAAAACAUAUUAAGGGGGUUCGACAAUGACAAAGUAAAUAGAGAUAAAUCUCGUGGUAGUUUGACUGGUCCGGUGGUUAUUAUACGUGGCUCGAAUUCUGUGAAAGGCCUGGAGGGUGUUGAGCUUCUUGAUACUCUUAUAACUUACUUGUGGCGUGUCCAUGGUUUGGAUUAUUAUGGAAUGAUUGAAACAAGUGAAGCUAAGGGUCUUAGGCAUGUGAGACCAGAGGGAAAGAGUUCUGAUGUUACUAAUAGCGGAUCUGAGUGGGAAAAGAAACUUGACUCACGCUGGCAAGAGAGAUUGAGGGGUCAAGAUCCUUUGGAAUUAAUGACUGCCAAAGACAAAAUAGAAGCUGCUGCUGUUGAAGCUUUGAAUCCUUUUGUCCGUAAGAUUAGGGAUGAAAAGUAUGGUUGGAAGUAUGGAUGUGGUGCUAAGGGUUGCACAAAGCUCUUCCAUGCUGCAGAAUUCGUGCACAAGCAUCUUAAACUUAAACAUCCAGAGCUUGUGAUGGAGCUAACGUCUAAAGUUCGUGAAGAGCUUUAUUACCAAAAUUACAUGAAUGAUCCAGAUGCACCUGGGGGGACACCUGUUAUGCAGCAAUCUCUACCUAAGGACAAGCCCCCAAGACGUAGAAUGCUAGAAAAUCGCUUGAAAGAUGAACGUGGCUUUCGUAGAGGACGUGAUAAUCGAGCAAAUGGUAGCGAUAGAUAUGAUAGGUCUGAGAACCCUCAAUCAAGUGAAUUUCCAUCCAACAAGGAUGGUCCUGAUGAUGGCAAUCGUGAUGAUCCAAUGUUUGAUGCUUUUGGUGGUCAAGGGAUGCAUGUUGCAGCUCCAUUUUCUUCAGAUAUUGCACCUCCACCAGUAUUGAUGCCUGUUCCUGGUGCUGGUCCUUUGGGCCCCUUCGUUCCAGCUCCACCUGAACUUGCAAUGCAGGUCUUCAGAGAGCAGGGUGGUCCUCCUUACGAAGGCAAUACUAGAGGGGGACGUCCUGGACCUAAUUUAAGUGGACCAGCCCCCUUUCUUUUGCCUCCUGGCUUUCAACAGGAUCCUCGUCGUUUAAGAAGUUAUCAAGACCUAGAUGCACCUGAGGAUGAAGUCACUGUUAUAGACUACAGGAGCUUAUAGGUAUUAGAAGUGGAGGUAUAUUGGCAAAGACUAAAAUCUAUCCUACUGAGGCAUAAAGCUAUUCAUCAAGCAGUCCAAGGUCAAAAUGCUGUUAUUUUAUGAUUAUCUAACUAGAAAAGCAUCGACCUUAUUCGAUUUUGUUAAAACAUGAAAAAAUCUUAAAUCUUGCUAUAACGCAUGCUAGCUGUUUCCCUUUGUAAUUAAGAGUAUUCUGAUGUUGUGAUUUAACCAAGUAGUGUGUAGUUUGCUGGGAACUGUCUUCUGUUAUUCUUGUCCUAGUUAACCCACCUGACAAGAGAUUUUUAUGAACAUGGGAUGGGGCAUACAUGGUUAAAAAAAUCUGUAACAUGGACUUUUGAGUGGAUAGACUUUUCAUAUAGUUGGUACUUUGUUUUGACCUUCUACCGGCAGUGGUGGAGGAUUAAGUUAGGAUCUCCAAUCAAUGAAAGAUGCCUUGCCAUCAACAGAGAAAGGAAGCUACUCGUCCCAACAUCAAAGCCUUCAUUUCCUUCGCUUCUUUGAUGUUUAAAGUCUCUGCUUGUGGUUCAGCCUUGGAAAUUCCAGAGGUUUACAAAAUUGGAAGUUGGAUGAACAGGGAAAAACACGAUUCAAUAAAUGAUAAGGCUUUUAGAGUUCCCUUUUGUUUUGUUCUUAGGUGGAACAAUAUAAUCUCAUUUUCAGCUAUGGUAAAGAUUAGAACUACUGGGAUAGUGUGCUCUUA